AUGAUCAAGCCCCUUUCCUAUAAUCAUGUCAAAUCGUGCCCUCACAAAAAGAAAGCUUUAAUAGCUCAACUUAAGCCCGCACCUACUGCUCAGUGUCAUAUGAAUGCACUAUCCUUCGUGAAUAGAUCCGUGCCGCAAAGCAAGAGCUUACUAACACCAUUAACUCGCGCAUUUUCGUCCGCUGCCUCCGAGACGGUACCCGUGCCUUCUAUGGGUGACUCCAUCUCAGAGGGAACAGUGGUUGAGUGGUUGAAAGCUCCCGGUGACUUUGUGGGGACAGACGAGGUAGUCGUCGUGCUUGAAACUGAUAAGGUGAGCGUUGACGUGCGCACGCCAUUUUCCGGUGUAUUAGAAGCACAACUAGCCCAGGUCGACGAGAACGUAUCGGUAGGAGCUCCGCUUUUUAGCGUGGCGAAGAAGGAUACUGGCAACACAUCAGCUGUUGUCGAGUAUAAGGAAAAUACGGCUGGCUCACCAGAGUCAGCUGGUGAGGAUUUUCAGACUAUCAAAGUUCCGUCUAUGGGGGAUUCUAUCUCGGAGGGCACAGUUGUGACGAUUCUCAAGCAGAUCGAUGACUAUGUUCAUGCUGAUGAAGCCGUCGUUGUUGUAGAGACUGAUAAGGUGAGCGUAGACGUCAACGCCUCAGUAUCAGGUAAGCUUAAGAAGAUAUUGGCGAAGAUUGACGAUGUUGUCAAAGUCGGCUCGCCUCUUUUCAUUAUCGACAAGGCUGUAUCGGCACCGGCCAAAGCUACUGCUUCAAAGGCUACUCCUGUUUCUGCCUUUGCUGAAUCAACACAAGUUGCCCCACUCUCACCAUCCGAUCCUUCCAAACUUGUCUCGACUGCUCCUGCCGCGCCUCCAACACCUACUAAGGGCCGAUACAACCGCAACGAAACUCGCGUGAAGAUGAGUGCACUAAAAGUCCGUGCGUCACAGCGACUGAAGGACACGCAGAACUCCGCUGCCAUAUUGUCAACCUUUCAAGAGUGUGAUUUGGGCAAUUUAAUUGCAUUACGCGACGAACUUGGCCCGAUUUUUGAAAAGACUCACGGAUUGAAACUUGGCAUCUUAUCAUCGUUUGUUAAAGCUAGUGCGCAGGCCCUCAGGCAGAUUCCGUCGGCAAACGCUUUUGUCGAUAUGGAAAACAAAGAGAUUAUCUACAAUGAAUUUGUUGAUAUAAACGUUGCCAUCGCUUCCGAACGCGGCGUUGUUAUGCCUGUCAUCCGAAAUGUUGAAAAGCUGAGUGUAAAGGACAUUGAAACGACGCUGGCUACGCUGGAGCAACAGACUCGUGACGGCACUCUAGCGCUUGAGGAUUUGGCGGGUGGCACCUUUACGAUAUCAAACAAUGGCGUGAAUGGAGCGCUUUUGAGCACCUCAAUGCUGGCGGCACCACAGUCGGCGGUACUUGGAGUGCAUGGUGUUAAGAUGCGACCUGCGGUGGUUGCGGGCAAAGUUGUACCGCGCCCGAUGAUGUUCCUUUCGCUCACAUAUGACCACCGCAUAAUUGAUGGGCGAGAAGGUGUGACGCUAUUAAAGACCAUCGCUGAAGCCAUCAAUGACCCGCGCCGCCUGCUUUUAGACAUGUGA